CAAUGUUUGACUGUUUACCGUAGCAACUUCGCAUUUGAUCAACUUGAGCUGGCGUUUGGUUUGGUUCGGCGCAAGGUUUUUAGCAACGAGCACAGUAUCCCUGACAACAACAGGGUAGUCAGCACAUAACCCCGAGGAAAGGUUAGUUUCCUCGCAAGAAGGCACAAUGUCCUCCACACCGAAAGAUUCGAAGCCACAGACUCCGGUCAACAUGGAGUUGAAUUUGAACCCGAAGGAACAAGAAUUUCUCAAAGCAAAAUCUUAUUUACUCACGGCGAGCACAGACACAGGAGUAAAUGUGUAUGAUCACUUGUCAAGGGUGUUGACAAAGGUUCUUGAUGAAAGGCCGGACAAUGUAGCAGAUGUGUUUGAAGAUAUUAGCAAAGAUGUCAAAAGAUCAAAAUUCACAUCAGAUGCUGAUACAGUCCUUGACAAAGUAGACAGAUCAACAGAGGUGGCACUUGCACAAGUUCAGAGGAGACUCUUCACAAAAGGUGAUGGUGAUGAUGAAGACAACCAGCAAGAUGAAGAGGUGGAGACUCCCCUCCCCAACCUCAUGGAGCUGUGCUUCUACUUCGAGCAGGCUGGGAUUGGACUCAACAGGGAAGAGAUGAUCCGCAUCUGGCUGGCUCUCAAGAAUCUGGUGGACAACCAUCCUCUCCAGCAUGUCAGAUUCUGGGGCAAGAUCUUUGGUCGUGAACAAAACUACUAUGUUGCUGAGGUUGAGUACAGGGAAGGAGAUGAGGAAGAAGAGGAGGAGGAAGAAGAGGAGCAGAAUGAGGAAGAUGCUACAGAGAAGGACGAUGCUGAUGAGGGAGAGGAAGAGGAGACAGAAGAAGAUGACCUCCCUAAACCAGAGUUCAAACCCCCACCAGUUGCACCCAGAGAAGAGAAUAGGACAGGAGUCAAUAAGAAGACAUACUUUGUCUGCAAUGAUCCCGGCAAAUCCUGGAUUAAGCUUCCCGCUGUGACGCCAGCUCAGAUCACCUCAGGCAGAAAGAUCAAGAAAUUCUUCACAGGAAGGCUGGAUGCCCCGGUUGUAAGCUAUCCUCCUUUCCCUGGUAAUGAGGCCAACUACCUAAGAGCCCAGAUUGCCAGGAUCUCAGCUGGAACCCACAUCUCACCCCUUGGCUUCUACCAGUUUGAUGAAGAUGAAGAAGAGGAGGAGGAAGGAGAGGCCCGUGACCACUUUGUUGAGAAUGUGGAUUUUGAGGGAAUUCCUGUCCGCGAGUUAAUUGAUGCCAAUUUGUCCAACUGGGUGCAUCACGUACAACACAUUCUGCCACAGGGUCGAUGCACAUGGUGGAACCCGGUUCAGAAAUCAGAGGAUGAUUUUGAGGAUGAAGAUGAGGAGGAGGAGCGUGAAGAGCCCGAUGAGCCUGAACCUGAGGUCGGACCUCCACUCUUAACCCCUCUGGCUGAGGAUGAAGAGAUCGCUGGCAUGUCCCCCUGGACCCCUCGUCUGUCCUCCAACCUCAUCCCCCAGUACUCCAUCAGCGUCAUGCACUCAAACCUAUGGCCUGGAGCUCAUGCAUUUGCCUUUGAGAAGAAAUUUGAGAAUGUGUACAUUGGGCAUGGCCACAAGUAUGCCCAGGACAAUUACAGCCCUCCUCCCCCACCUGCAGUUCAGGAGGAGUUCCCUAGCGGCCCUGAGAUCACUGAGGCUGAGGACCCCACCCCAGAGGAGGAAGCAGCACUGCGGGCAGCCCAGCAGGAGGCUGCAGAAGCAGCAGAGGAGAUGGAAGAAGCAGAGGAGGAUGAGGAGGAAGAUGAUUAGACUGUUGCUUGGCCAAGUUUAGCAGGGCUACUUUUGAGGAAAUGAUUUCAUGGGUUUAAUGUUUAUACAAGUACUACUUUCAUUCGAGACUUUAAUUUUCAACCAUUAUUUUCAUAAAUAAUAUGAUCUUAAUUUAGGCUUCUCUAAAAUUUUGUCUGACUGGAAACCUACCUAUUUAACUGGCUGAUGGUUUUAACAGUACUUUUAUGUUUUUAUAAGCAGGUGUUGUUUGCAAGGACAAAUGUGAAAUUAUAAAUCAAUGUCCAGACCCAUGAGAGAUUUGCUCUUAGUAUUGAACAGUAUUGACAACUGAUAACAUUUAAGCAUUGGCAUUCCAAUUGUUAUUAUCCCGCUUAAGACAUGUCAGUGAUUGAAUCAUUCCAUUCAUAUCAUCCCCUCCUAAGUGUGAUAUUUCUUCCAGAGACAUUGCCUUCUGUACAGUAUUUAUGUUACCUGUUUGUAUUAAAAUGAAGUUCUGCAUACUUUUCUAUCCCCAGUGUAAAGUGCCAACAUUCACAUGUUUUCAUUGUAAUUUAAUUGUUCUCUUCUCUGGAGCACAUGUGGAUGUUUGUCUUCAUGUUGUCCUUGUACAUACUGAAUUUGCAAUAUUUCCUAAAUGUGUUUAUUAAAAGGUAAAAUGAAAUUGCAUAAUCAUCUGUAGAUGACAUAUUUGAAAGUGAAUUGUAUACUUUUAGUGGAAAAUAUAUAUUUAUGCCAAAUAAAUUGUGUCUAUACAA